GGCCCCUUUGCCGGCACACACCAGACCCUCCUGUCCUCCUCUGCUUCCUCGGGGCCGCCCUGCUCCAGCCUCUUUUGCUGAAAGGCACUGGGCCUCCGCUCCCCACAAGGCCCAUUCCCUAAGAGCUGUGCCAGGGACCGUCUGAAAACACGGCUUGGAUCGUGGUGCUCCUGCCCUGGGCCCCACUUACCUUUCCCUCCACCUCCCUCCUGACUGUGGGGCUCCACGGUCUCAAAAUAAGCCCCCUCCUCCCCCAAGCUCUUCCCUGCCCGAAUGCCUCAGCACCUCCUCCAAGUGACCAGAGCCCGGCCCACUGCCAAGCUGCCCAGCCCCAGAAUACGCCAUCUGCCAGCCCAGGGCCUGGGGACGCUCAGCUGGGCAGGCCCAGCACCCCAGCCCUGCCUGCCUUCCCGCCCCACACGCGCCCAGCUCUCCCCCCGAAACAGGAGGAGCCCUUACCCCCCAGGCAGGGAACCACCAGUCCGGCUGGAACAGGGCCAGACCAGGGCAGGCCUUCUGGGGCGCUGCUGCUCCUGAGGUCAUGAGCCCUCGAGGGGGUUUCUUCAUGCCCCCAAAGAAGCUGCAGGAAAUAGGCCCUGGUGGGAUAUUGACCCCAUGCCCCAGGCAGGGAAACAGGCGUGGAGCUGGCACUCUGCCUGGACCUGCGUGGCUCCCAGACGUGAGGAGCAGCAGGGUUACCACACCCCUGGGUGUCGGCUUCUUUCCGGGGCGCAGGGAGCAGGUGCUCCUGCCAGGACAGCCUGGCUUCCAGGGGUCCACCUUGGCAGCCUGGCUUUAUGACUUCACACGCUGAAGUCACCCUGAGACAAUGCUGAGUACUGCACCCCUCCAAGGCCCAGACCAACCAGACGGCUCCCCGCAGUGCCGAUGCGGACAAUGGCUGCUGGCCCGCGUGGGGAGGGGACAUAGAUGGCAGCGGCGCCAGCCGCUCCUGGCACCAUGGACGAUGCCGCAGUCCUAAAGAAGAAGGGUUAUGUCAUGGGCAUCAAUCUUGGCAAGGGCUCCUCUGCAAAAGUCAAAUCCGCCUACUCCGAGCGCCUCAAGUUCAACGUGGCAGUCAAAAUCAUUGACCGCAAGAAAACGCCCUCUGACUUUGUGGAGAGAUUCCUUCCUCGGGAGAUGGACAUCCUGGCGACCAUCAACCACCGUUCCCUCGUCAGGACCUACAAGAUCUUUGAGACUGAUGGGCGUGUCUACAUCGUCAUGGAGCUCGGGGUCCAGGGCGACCUCCUUGAGUUCAUCAAGUGUCGGGGGCCCCUGCACGAGGACAUGGCUCGCAAGAUGUUCCGCCAACUCUCCUCGGCCAUUAAGUACUGCCACGACCUGGACGUCGUCCACCGAGACCUCAAGUGCGAGAACCUUCUCCUCGACAAGGACUUCAACAUCAAGCUGUCCGACUUCGGCUUCUCCAAGCGCUGCCUGCGGGAUGACAGUGGCCGACUGACGUUGAGUAAGACCUUCUGUGGGUCGGCGGCGUACGCAGCCCCCGAGGUGCUGCAGGGCGUCCCCUACCAGCCCAAGGUGUACGACAUCUGGAGCCUGGGCGUGAUCCUCUACAUCAUGGUCUGCGGCUCCAUGCCCUACGACGACUCCAACAUCAAGAGGAUGCUGUGCACCCAGAAGGAGCACCGGGUGGACUUCCCCCGCUCCAAGCACUUAAUGGGUGAGUGCAAGGACCUCAUCUGCCGCAUGCUGCAGCCAGACGUCAACCGGCGGCUGCACAUUGAUGAGAUCCUCAGCCACUCGUGGCUGUAGCUCCCCAAGCCCAAAGCCAGGUCUUCUGCCUCCUUCAAGAGGGAGGGUGAGCGCAAGUACCAGGCCGGGUGCAAACUGGACACCCAGCCAGGCUCGAGGCCCAACCACCGGCCUCACCACAAGCUGGGGGUCAAAACUCAGCACCAGCUGCCAGUGCCCAAGAACGAGGACAGGCUGGAGGACGAGCUGGCCAAGACCUCCAAGGGGAAAGACCACAUCCCCGGAGCCGAGGUAGGGAAAGCGAGCAGCUAGUGGUGUGGAGGCCCUGGGGGCGUGCCUUCUCGUGAGCUAAGUGGGCAGGUAGGAGCUGAAGAAGGCAC